CUCCUUUUUAAAGUCACGAGACCCCUCUGCUCGAUCUGCAUCUAUUUAUGUAUGUUCUUUCAAUUCUAGAGAGAGAGAGAGAGAGAGGAGUGUCGCCAGGCCAGAAGCGGUGGCAGAGAAACUGAUAGAGAACUUUCAAGCUGCUUAACUUGCUGCUCCUCAUCUAUCUCCUUUCUUCAUCAUCACUCAACUCAAACUAGCCAGCCGGCCUCUGCAACCACCACCCCACCUCGAUCUCAUCUCUCCCUAGCUACCUACCUAGCUUAGCUAGUAACAUGAUUUCAGUCCCAAACUGAAUGUCUCUUAAUUCUAUCUAUCCAUCCAUUUAAUUCUAUCAGCGCUAGCUAGCUUCAUCACAAACUUCUCUUUUCUUUAAUUUUCCACCCCGCCCUCUCAUCACUUAACUGGCUUGUGUCUUUCUCGAUCUGUUGGUGACUACUAUACACAAACUGCACCAUCCAUGAGACCUGAGGGGAAUCCACUCGACCUUAACAACUUACCUGAUGAUUACUCUAGAGAUGGUAAACAAGUCCUUGAAGACAGCUCUUCUUGUGCCGGCUAUAGGAAAAAGAAAAGCGGCGGCAAAGAUGAGUGUGGAAAGGUGUAUGAAUGCAGGUUUUGCUCCCUCAAGUUCUGCAAGUCUCAAGCUCUUGGGGGACACAUGAACCGCCACCGCCAAGAGAGGGAGACAGAAACACUGAAUCGGGCUCGUCAGCUUGUUUUCAGCAGCGAUAACAUGUUAGCCCAAGGGACUCAUCACCUAGGGUGUCAAGGAAUUCCUCACGGAGGCUAUCAUCAUCAAUCAAGCAACAUAGGAGAUCCAACACUUCAAUACAGAUCAAUCUACCCAACAAGACUAUUUUCCGGCACCUCCACCAACACACUCAUACCAACGCCGCCUCCGGCCGGACAGCCGCCGCCAGUUCAACCAUACGUGUACGCUUCCCCUCCGCGCCUGCAGGUUUCUUUCCCAUCCUCACACUAUCCCGUCAAUGACUACUUUGUCGGUCACGUCCUCCCCACCACUCAAUCCAGCCCUAGCUAUGCCUCCGCUGCGCCACCAGAAACCAGCUACACCUGCAUCGGUGCACCAGUGGGGCACGGGGUGCUACCCAGCGGCCGAGGAAGCUCGGAAGGGGUUCCUGGUGGUGGCGUUGCUGUCAGAGACAUGUCACUCUACAGUAAUGCUUCACCCAUCAAUCGGUUUCAAGACGGAUUCUAGUACUAUAGCUCUUAGUGGGUAGCUUAGCUAAGCGGAAAAAAGAAAAUUAAAAAAAAAAAAAAUCAAGAAAGCAAAAAAGUGCCAAGAAACGCCUCUCCAAUCAGAGAAAAAAAAAAAGAAAAAAAAAAGGAGAGAGAAUCCCAACAAACUGACAAAUGGGGACGGGAGGGAAAAAUGACAGAGAAAGAGGGAGUGAAGUUUUGGGUUUUUCUACAGGUAUGGAAACAGCUUUUGAGCAUUGGCACUCAUACUGCCUCUCUGAUCACCAACUAUAGUUUCUCUCUCUAGUCUCUCUAUAUAAUAUAUUUAUUUUGCCAUGAAGCUAGCUAUUUGAACUUAUUAGGCAUUGGAUUGGCAUGUGUGUUGGUAAUGUUUUGUACAACCAAAAAAAAAACUGUUAGUUGUUGUAAAUGUGGCUCUCUCAUGCACAUGGGACAACAAAGUUAGAUUUCAACUGA